AUGGUGCCAAGGGUUGUCGUAACCGAUGCGCGAGAGCGGGUGGCGAAUCCGGAGGCGCUGUGCGAGCUGCCCAUGGACCGCACGCGACUCCGCUCCCCUCGGUUGUCGUUCGCAGAGUUCGAUUGGACGGGACACGACAGCGCGAUGGCGCAGGCCGGAAGCGUCGAGGCGUGGGAGGCCGCAGCGAUUGCGGACGACUACGACUACGAAGCUGAAGGCGAGUGCGAGGAGCGCAUCUACGAGCGUGCUCGCCGGCUGACGUCCUACAUCGAGGCGCGGCCGGAGCAAACCCUCCUCCUCGUCUCGCAUGGCGGCUUCCUCAUGUAUCUCACCAAGGAUGAGUACAUGGACAACUGCGAAGUGCGCUCGUACACGGUGCAGGAUGGCAGGUGGAGGCGGAGCGAUGCGAUUCAUUAG